CAGGGAAUCCAUAUGCACCAUGUAGCAUCUUAGAUGAAGUCAGUGAUAGAUUCAUUGCAGCUGUCCCUGGCCAGUGUCAUGUUCAGGAGUCCUGGAAGACCUUAAGCAGAGCUCCAGUUGCAUACCAAAUGCAGCAGAUACGCCAGGUCACAUCCCGGUUUUGUGAAAGGACACGAAAGGAGAUGGAUGCAGGUAACAGUACCGGAGUUUCAGGUCUGCCUGGCCAUCAGAAGGAUAAUGGGAAUCUCCCGGAAGCCCCGCCAAACGCAACACUGGGUGAAGGAUGACAUCCACGAUGCCCCCUUCUUCCCAAAACACAUGCCACGGGAUAGGAAUGAUCAAAUUUCCACAUGUCUACACUUUGCAGGCCAAGAUGACUAUAGUGAAGAAAACAGAAUGUGGAAGCUUGGUUCCAUCAUUCCAAUGCUGCAGGGAGGUUUACAUUCCAUUCCGAACCAUCACAGUAGACGAAAGCUUGUGGAAAUUCAGAGGCUGUCUAAGGUCUGUGACCUAUAACCCCACAAAGAGGGCAAGAUUUGGCCUAAAAAUCUAUAAACUAAGUGUAUCCACUGGACCAACUUGUGGACAUGUUUAUUCUUUUAAAUUUUAGACAGGACAAGAGAAGGGUGAGCUGCCUGUGUCCCACAAGGUUAUUGAUUUGAUGGACUCAGCAAUGGUUCUUGAUUAAGGUUAUUGUCUCUACGUAGACAAUUAGUAUACAUCGCCAACCGUUUUCCACUGGUUACAGGGAAGAUACACUAGUGCCUGUGGGAUAGUAAGGUCCAACAGGAAAGGCAUGCCUCAUGACUUUCCAGAUAAGAUGCGUCCUAAUGACAUGGAGGGGCACAGUACUCCUACAAGAAUGCUGUGCCUAAAGUGGAUGGGUAAGAAGGCCAUCUACAUGCUGCCUAUUUUUUACAGGUCAACCAUGGUGCAAAUAGAUAGGGAGAACAGAGAUGGAGACCUAGUAAAGAAACCUCAAGUAGUUAUAAACUAUAAUGAGGGCAUGAAGGGUGUAGAUAAGGGAGACCAGAUGGCCUCCUACUACCCAGCAGUGCAUUGCAGCCUGAAACGGUAUAAGAAGGUAUUUAUGUACCUGUUCGACCUUUCAAUAACGAAUGCCUUCUUGAUUUAUAAGCUGGUUGAGGGGAACAUCACCCAGCAGCUCCACUUCAGGGAGGAGGUGGUCAGGGGCCUCCUGUACGAAUACCUGCCUGAUGCCCCAAGGUACAGUGGCCGAGGACAACCUGUUAUCACUAAUACGGCGCUGAGGCUACAGGGAAGAUACCCACACAUCCUCCGGGAGAACCCAGGGAAAAAGUACAAAAGGUGUCACGUGUGCUACACACAUGGAAGCACAAAAUGACCAAAGCACACUGUAAUGUAUGCCAAGUCCCCCUCUGUGUCCUAGGAUGUUUUAAAGCUCACCAUAACAAGGUGAAAUUGAAAUCUUGUAAAUAUGUGUAAAUACUGUUUUUACAUGGAAAUGCAUGUAUAUGGAUUA